GACAAUAAAUUUGUUGUAAAUAAUUGUUUAUAUAUUUUGAAUAAACAACUCAUGAGUUGUAUAGAGAAAGACACAAAUGUAACGACAAAUCGGGACCAAAGAGUCUCAAGAAUUGGUAACCAAACUCUAAGACAUAGACAUCCCAGUCAUGUAUCCAAACAACAACUAUAACCUCAACGUCGGAGGCAGACAUCCGCAGCCAUUAAAUGCAUCAAUCAUUUCAUCGGUGGACACAAAUCAGCUGUUAAUGGCAGCCAACUCUUUGCGGACAAUUUAUGGCAAUAAUGCCAAUCAAAAUGCGAUACAAUCGAUCAAUUCAUUUGAGCAAAAUGUGUCUUUCAGUGACCAUCGCACAGACACUGCAGUAAUAACGGGAGUGUCGACACAAUCUUUACCGAGUGGACAGAUACCGGAACGCCGAGUCAUCGAUUACGGCAAUAAAUCACUUUAUUCUCGACCCGAUCGGAGUUUUAUAAAUCAAAUGACCAACAAUUCAUCGGCGGCGCAAAAUAAAUCGCAACUUUUGGAUGAUAUGACACUUAAAUUAUCGUCAAACAGUCGAUCACCAUAUAGUGGCACCAAAUCUCAAUAUAGUGACGAAGAUAUUUACAUUUAUGGCUCAACAUCUACUUCCCGAUCAAAAGGAGCGACUCUACCGCCGGGUAUUGUUUCAAUGAAACCGUCGAAUACAAGUCUACCUCCAGGUAUUGUACUCCGAGAGGAUAGAAGAGACCGGUUAUCACCCGAACGUUGUUUAUCACCAAUUUCUAUGCGUCUGAAGAAAGAGUUAGAAAAUAGAGACAAAAAUCGCCAAUUUAUUGAUCUCACCGAUGAUGACAACGAAUGGCAGCAAAGUCAGAGAUUUGAAGAAGAGGAGCGAACCAGAGAAUGGGAUGAAGAGCAUGAGCUGUAUAGAAGACAAUACAGACAACAUAUGAAUCCUAGUCCUCAAGAAGAUCCACUCGAAUUGGAAAGACUUCGUAUUCAACAAAUGGCGGCCAUUGAGAUGGGAAUUCUUAAGGAUACAGGAAGAAGACGAGAAAAGAGUCCAUCAAAUAUACGUUCUUCAUAUGGGAAAAACAAUGAAUGGUCUCCUGAAAUAAGUCCUAAACGUUUAAGGAAAAGAAGUCCAUCAUUAAGUCCUAGACGGAGACAUCCGAGUCGUGACAGAAAGCGAUCAAAAAGUCCGCGACGAAGAUCAAUAUCACCACAAUAUAAGAGACGACGGCGUAGUUCAAGUAGAAGUCGUGAUCGAUCUCGUCGUUCGAGAAGUCGUAGUACAUCUGAUAGAGAACGUCGACUUUGCGUUAAUCGGUCGCUUGAAAGAAGGCGUAGUUUGACACCAAACCGAUCAAAAAAUACUCUUAACGCCAGUUUGAAUCCAAUGCAACCAAUGGUACCAUUUGGAUAUGAUAUGCCAUAUCAUAUGAUAAGACCCACUAUUAUGGGAGGAAUUAUGCCGCGAAUGAUGCUACCAUUGAAUGCCAUGUUAUAUGAUGGCAUUGUUCAACCACAUAAACCAUCAGCUAAUAUCAAAAGUGUUCCAAUUGAUAGAUCAUCAAGUAGUCAGUCAUCAAACAAGAAGGAUAAUAAUAAUCUUCUAAAAGAUGAUAAAUUGAUUAAUCCAACCGAUCUGUUAAUGGCUGAGAGAAGUAAACUUCGUGAAGAAUUGACUUCUUUAAAGCGACAAUACGAUAGGAAACUUGAGGAACAAAAUUUGGUGAUUUCUAAAGAUAACGGUUCUAAAGAUAGUUACGCUUACAAACAAAUAGACAAAGCAUUAAAAGAGUUAAGAAUUGUCAUGGAUUCGACUCAUUCAAAACUAACCAAAAACUUCAAUCUCGUCAAUGAUAUCCAGAAAUCAAAGACUAAGGCUAAAGAGUUUACUGAAAAUCUUAAAGUAACCGGUGAUAUAUCAAAAACAGAACUUAAACCUAAGGCACCGAUUAAUGAAAAAUCGAAAAAAGUGGAUAAAGAGUUGCCUAAAGAUAUGGACAAAGAGGUCGUGAUUACUAUUGACGACACAGAAGACGAAGAGAAAAAUUGUCGCUUUCAGUACUUUGAUUCGGGUCCUCAUUGGUGUAAAUGUUGCGAUCAGUUUAUGAGUAACAUUAAACACUACUUUCAACACAUCCACACCAAAGAACAUUUAAACAAACAGAAAGUAUCGGAACGCACGCCAUGGAUAACAAAAGAGUAUAUCAAAGAACAGGAAAUGAAUAGUCAUAACAAAUGUUUUCAAACAAGAAAAGACAAAUUGGUUAUUGCAUCUAAAGGCAUUCAAUUCAUUUAUCCGACACAAGGAUUUUACUGUGAUUUAUGUACGACUUUCCUUAAGGACACGUAUGAGGCAAACAACCAUUUCCUAACGGCUAAACACAAUAGGAAUUAUACACGAUAUACAUUAGAGCACAAUGACUUUGAACAUAAAUGGAGGUCCGAAAGGGACCGGGCUUUUACUGACCUUAAACGUAAGGAACGGGAGACUGAAAGGGAAAAGUUGACUAAAGAAAAGGAUGAAAAGGCUAAAGAACGUAAACGAUUGGAGGAAGAGGUCAAACGUAAGGAUAAGGAAGUGAAAGAUAGGAUUAAGGCCAUGAAUGUGGCCAAGAAGGUCGUCAAUGAGUUAGACGAUCAUAAAGAUAGURAUAAAUUAGUUGAUAAAACCAAUGAUAAAAGUACAGCUUCUCCUAAAAUACGUCUUAAUCUAAAUUCAAAUAAAAGUGAAUCCAAUAAUAAAGCUAAAGCUAAGAGUCCGACUUCAAGUAAGUCUAAGACACCAGAAAAAGGUGAUAAUAGUGUUAAAAAGGUUACUAAAGAAGAUAAAUCAAAUUCAAAUGUUGAUAAUGUGGUCAAACCAAGCACUGAGAUGUCUAAGGAAUCAAAGGAUGAAACAAAAGUUAUGACAGAAAGUCAUACGAUAACAAAGGAUAAGACACCCGAAGAACUUGAAGAUAUGUUUGUUGUCGAUGAAGUUAAUUGUGAUUCAAGAGAGGGAAUAGAUGAAGAUAUCGAUGAAAAUAAACUUCUUAAUAUGGACUCGAAUGAUGAAAAUGAUAAUAACAAAGAUAUUGAUGAAAAUAAAUUGCUUGAUAUUAAAAGUGAUGGUAAAAAUUCUGGCGAUGAACUACUAAAAGAUACAAAAAAAUCAACUAUAGAUGGAUUUAAUGAUAAUUCAAUUAUAUUGAAUGAAAACGAUAUCAAAAAGGAUAAUAAUAAUAAAAUUAAUGAACAAAUUGUUGAUAAGACACAAAUCAAAGAUAUUGUUUAUAAAAUACAUGACAAUCAAGACAGUGAUAAAGUUAGUCCUCAAAGUAAGACAAACGAUGAACUUUCGAGUGGUUUUGUUAAUCAAGAAUUAUUACAAUUAAAUGCUAUCAAUGAAUAUAAAACUAAUGAUGAAAUUACUGUUACCACUAAUUCUGGUGAUCAGACUAUUGUUGAAUCAAAAGAAGAUAUUAAAACUGUUUAUAAUGUGGAAUCUGAUUGUAAAGCCGUAAAAUCAACAAUUGAUACAAUAAAUUGUGAAGAUAUGGCUAUGCCUUAUAUCGAUGAUGACGACGAUAUAAUUGUGGAUAAAGUCAUCUCAGCUGAAGAUGUUAAAAACAAUGAGUCAAAUAAGACAGAAAUAGGUAGCAGUAGUUUGAAAACAAAAUGUGGUUCACAGACAUUAUUGCUUGAGAUUGACGACGACAUCGCGGGAUUUGAACAACGGUUGGCUAAACAUAACUCAAUUGAUGAAUCGGUCGACUGURUCGCUGAUAAUGACGUCGACGACGAGUUGGAUGGCUUUGAUGUGAUCGACGAGACCAAUGAUGACUAA